AUGUUGCACACGUCUGCUGCCAACUUUGAAUCCAGCAAGCUUUGCGGAAUGAAGGGGCAUGCGUCAGCCACAGCCACAAGGCAAAGUAGGGUAGAGUGGGCAGGUACCUCGCUAAGCUUUUGGGUGGCGGGGGCGACAGAGGGCUUUCAGGAAUGGGCUGGAGGAGGGAGCACCAGGUUAGUGGAGAGCGAGGGCACAUCAGACAUGUUGGGGGAGGCAGGGCAUCAGGGUGGCGGUGGUACCAAAAUAGGUGUUGGGUAUGGGAGAGGCGAGUGUGAUGUACAACGUCCCGGGGACGGUGCCCCCCAUGUCGCCGCCGCAGGGCGAGACCCCCUGGCCGCCUUCACCCGCAGGGGCCUCACGACUCCCUCACGCUGCUUGCUGACAUCGCCCUUAGACACAACCACACCCGUCCUCGAACUGGACGCCCACACCACCAUUAUCACGGUCGCGCCUCAGACGGAGCAGCCCCUCAACCUGAGCACCAGCCCCCCUCGAAGCCCUGCCCCCGCAGCGCCCACGCCCCCUUCCACCCCUCCUCCACCUGCCGUCCGGGACGCCCACGUGUGUCCUGAGUGUGGCAGAACUUACUCGACGUCGUCCAACCUCGCCAGACACAGGCAGACUCACCGCUCGCCGGACGACAAGCGCGCAGCUCGCAAGUGUCCGUAUUGCGAUAAAGUGUACGUGAGCACGCCCGCCUUCAGCCAGCACAUGCGCACCCACAACCAGGGCUGCAAGUGCCCCACCUGCGGCAAGUGCUUCUCCCGCCCCUGGCUGCUGCAGGGACACAUCAGGACACACACAGGAGAGAAGCCCUUCCGGUGCAGCAUGUGCGGGAAGGCUUUCGCCGACAAAUCCAACCUGCGCGCACACGUGCAGACUCACUCCAGCGUCAAGCCCUUUGCCUGCACGCGCUGUGGCAAAUCCUUUGCUCUCAAGUCCUACCUGUAUAAGCACGAGGAAUCGUCCUCUUGCAUGAAGCUGCACCGCGCCCUGGGACGUGGUGCAGCCCCUUCCCGCCCCGCAACACCUACAUCCACACCCACUGUUGCCACCCACACCACCGAGCUCUCGGGGGCAACGCCCGUCCACCCGCAGCAGGCGCCCACGGUCCAGCCCACCACGAGCGUCCGAGCGACCACACGAGCCAUGCACACAGUCACCAUCCUGCGGUCCGCGUCGCACGUGGCCACCGCCCGCGUGCACUGAGGCCUCAAGUCUGACCACGAGGGGACCUCAGACGCUCCACUUGGUUGGAAGCUUAUCAGGAUGUGGCGGGUCGCCGCCGUGGAGGGUGGGGGUCGGUGCAAUAGUGCCUUGGGGGUGAGGCCGGACGACGGCAAUACUUAAUCUUUACUAGUCGCUUGUCAGGGACUAAGAUUUACUUUGUAUGCGGCUUUCAAGCCUAUGGGAUUCCUUAACUCGGAUUCGAGUGUCAUAUCAU